GCAGAAAUCAACUCAUGUGUUCUUACAUGCAAUUGCUCACGUCACGGCAGGUUCGUCACCAAUCGCAUCGUUUACACACGACACAAAAUAGAUAGACGCGCUCACGGACCGACAGACACCUAUGGGCGUUGGUGUCCGUUCCGUGCACAGAGAUAGCAACUUGAGCAAAUGACAUGUAUCGCUCACACACGAGUCCGUUCGGACCGCCACGCGCCCACACCCACACAUGUGGCCCGCCCAUGCAGGCAAAAAGAGCCAGCCCCACACAGACAGACAGACAGACAACGCACACACGACACAGACAGACACACGUGACUAAAGCAGGCAGGCACACAGACACACAUGAACAAAGUAAAGAGCCAGCCAGCAGCCCCACACACGCACACCCACACGCAUACGCCAUCCACCGCACACACACUCACAAACAGAGCGUAUACACCUCAUCUAUAUGUCAUGGUUUGGUGGAGCUCUUGAGGUAGGCAGUCCACUGGAUGGAGAACCACACAAUCUUGACGGCCUGGGUGUGCUCGCAACCCUCGCACGCCCCACUGCACACACCAAACCAGACAAACAGAAACGCGCAGAUGCGAGCACCGUGCAGUGGGUCUCACCGCCCGGCUCUUCGUCACUCACCUGUGUAUGCGCCACCUGGCCUGUGGCUGUUGGAAGCAGAGCUUGACGCUCUCGCUCUGCAGCACCUUGGACGACACGCCGUGGAAAUGCCGCAGCCAACACGACAGCUCCGCCACGUCCUUCUCGUCAAACGACGUGGGCAGCCCAGUGGCCUCGUCAGGCACCCACCUGCACACCAUGGACCCACAAUGCCAAACGCACAAGGCCAUCUUGUCUUGGUGGCUGGCGGACUGCAGAUGCCUCUCUCCCCUUUCUCCAUCCCUGUUGGCCUAGUCGUGUACCCACCUGGAUCUGUCAAACGGCACAAUCACGGCGGCACAUGCGUUCAGCUGAGAGCGGAACCUCUUGUGGUCCGGCUGACUGUAGAAAUGGAAGGUCUCCGAGGGCAGUGUACCCUUCCUGGCGUGCGAGAGGAACACGUGCAGCACCUCCCGCGCCAGCGGCUCCAGCGUGGCCCGCCUGGCCUCCAAUCGCUCCUUGAUGCUCUGCUGCCGGUUCUUCUCGCGGGCGUCUUCAGUGAUCUCGCGGAGCACCUCGUCGUUGGGCAGGAGGGGGUCUGCGAUGAGUGAGGGCUCCGGUGAGAGGGAGUAGAAGCGGCACUCCCGCUUGACGUGCCUGUCGAGGGACGAGGGCACGUCCCAUGUGCCUGAAGAAGACAAGACGCACAGAGACGAAAGAUGUCCUGCCAACGGAUUCAUUGCAUGUUGGUCUGUUGUGUGUGUGCGUGCGCACCGUACCUGAUCUGAGGUAGUCGAGUCUGCAGAAUCCCCGCCCGACAUGGAUCAGGCAGACACACACACAGGCAGCCAGACUCGUGUGCUCAGUCAGAUGCUCAUGCAGAUCUGCAUAUGGGUGAUUCCCUACAUGUAUUCGAAGUAUCGGCCGUUUCUGUCGAUGAAGAGAAAGCCCUCCUCGUCCUGUGGCAGAAGAAGCCUCCCCGUCAGGAUGCCGUCGAAGAACGAGGGACUCCCCUGCUGCAGAGUGCCUUCUGUCGUGACGAAGCCUUUCAGACACAUUCAACAGCAGACAGACACAUAAAUCCGGCUGGCUGGGAUCCACUUGGCGGCGUCUGUUCUGGUGUGUGAUCUGCUUACGCUUUCCACCGACAUUCAGCUUGACAAGCCCUCCCCUGAACAAUGGCGCCGGAACUCUUGCAACGUCAGUGGUCGGCGUCGGGCUUGGAUUGCUGCAUUCGCUCUCUCCUGCAGCUGAUCUCAUCCUACUGCAGCCGUCCACUCUUGGAGAGG